GCGCCUAGCGCCUUGGAGCGCACGUUCCGCGCCCGCUCGCUGGACAUUAUGCUGCCGAGCAGUGGAGCCCCAGUCCUCCUCCUCCUUCUCCUGCUCCUCCGGCUCCUCCUGCGGCCCGAGCGGCUCAGCUCUCGGCAGGCGGCAGCGUUGCUCAGCCGAGCGCAGACGGGACCCUCACCGCACGACCUCAGCGACUCCUAAAGUCAAAAGUUGGCGGCCGCGCCGGGCUCCGCGCGCUCUCCACGGCUGCUGCCUCGCGUCGCCGCCGCAGCCUAGGCGGGCAGGAGGGAGGGGGUGGGGGCAGGGGGGAGGGGUGGGGAGCACCAUGCAGUUUGUAUCCUGGGCCACACUGCUAACGCUACUGGUGCGGGACCUGGCCGAGAUGGGGAGCCCUGACGCCGCGGCGGCCGUGCGCAAGGACAGGCUGCACCCGAGGCAAGUGAAAUUAUUAGAGACCCUGAGCGAAUACGAAAUCGCCUCUCCCAUCCGAGUGAACGCUCUAGGAGAACCCUUUCCAGCGAACGUGCACUUCAAAAGAAGGCGACGGAGCAUUAACUCUGCCUCUGACCCCUGGCCUGCCUUCGCCUCCUCCUCUUCCUCCUCUACCUCCUCCCAGGCGCAUUACCGCCUCUCCGCCUUCGGCCAGCAGUUUCUAUUUAAUCUCACCGCCCAUGCCGGAUUUAUCGCUCCACAGUUCACUGUCACCCUCCUCGGGGCGCCCGGGGUGAACCAGACCAAGUUUUAUUCCGAAGAGGAAGCAGAACUCAAGCACUGUUUCUACAAAGGCCAUGUCAAUACCAAGCCCGAGCACGCGGCCGUCAUCAGUCUCUGCUCGGGAAUGCUGGGCACAUUUCGGUUCCACGAUGGGGAUUAUUUUAUUGAACCGCUAUUGUCCGUGGACAAACAGGAYGAUGAAGAGGAGCAAAACAAGCCCCACAUUAUUUAUAGGCGCAGCCGUCCCCAGAGGGGGCCCUCUCCAGGAAGUCAUACGUGUGACACCUCAGAGCACAGAAGCAGUCACAGUAAAGACAGGAGGAAAACCAGGACAAGAAAACGUAAAGCGAGGAGCACUAGCCUGGCUGAUGAUUUGGCAGUGUUGAACGGUGGCUUGGCCACCAAGGCGAUUUCUGCCUAUGGGAACAAGACAGACAGCAUGAGGGAAAGGAGGACGCACAGAAGAAACAAACGUUUCUUAUCCUACCCACGGUUUGUAGAGGUGAUGGUGGUCGCGGACCACAGGAUGGUAUCAUACCACGGAGCAGACCUACAACACUAUGUUCUAACGUUAAUGUCAAUUGUAGCCUCUAUCUAUAAAGACCCAAGUAUUGGAAAUUUAAUUAAUAUUGUUAUUGUGAACUUAGUUGUGAUUCAUAAUGAACAGGAAGGACCUUCCAUAUCUUUUAAUGCCCAGGCAACAUUAAAAAAUUUUUGCCAGUGGCAACAUUCCAAGAACUAUCCAGGUGGAAUCCAGCAUGAUACAGCUGUGCUCGUAACCAGACAGGACAUCUGCAGAGCUCAUGACAAAUGUGACACCUUAGGUCUUGCUGAACUGGGAACCAUCUGUGAUCCCUACAGAAGCUGCUCUAUCAGUGAAGAUAGUGGACUGAGUACAGCGUUCACCAUAGCCCAUGAGCUGGGCCAUGUGUUCAACAUGCCGCACGACGACAACAACAAGUGUAAAGAAGAGGGUGUCAAGAGCCCCCAGCACGUCAUGGCACCGACACUGAACUUCUACACCAACCCCUGGAUGUGGUCCAAGUGCAGUCGGAAAUACAUCACCGAGUUUUUGGACACCGGGUAUGGCGAGUGUCUGCUUAACGAACCCGAAUCCAGACCCUACCCGCUGCCUCCCCAGCUGCCUGGCCUCCUUUACAACGUGAAUAAGCAAUGUGAGCUCAUCUUUGGCCCCGGUUCCCAGGUGUGCCCGUACAUGGUGCAGUGUAGACGGCUCUGGUGCAAUAACGUGGAUGGAGCUCACAAAGGCUGCCGGACUCAGCACACACCCUGGGCUGACGGGACCGAGUGUGAGCCUGGAAAGCACUGCAAGUAUGGAUUUUGUGUUCCCAAAGAAAUGGAGGUCCCCGCGACUGACGGAUCCUGGGGAAGUUGGAGUCACUUUGGAACCUGCUCAAGAACAUGUGGAGGGGGGAUCAAAACAGCCAUCCGAGAGUGCAACAGACCAGAGCCCAAAAACGGUGGCAAGUACUGCGUGGGGCGCAGAAUGAAGUUCAAGUCCUGCAACACGGAGCCCUGCCUCAAGCAGAAGCGAGACUUCCGCGAUGAGCAGUGUGCGCACUUUGACGGGAAGCAUUUUAACAUCAACGGUCUGCACCCUAAUGUGCGCUGGGUCCCCAAGUACAGCGGAAUUCUGAUGAAGGACCGCUGCAAGCUGUUCUGCAGAGUGGCCGGGAACACCGCCUACUACCAGCUCCGGGACAGAGUGAUCGAUGGAACGCCUUGUGGCCAGGACACCAAUGACAUCUGUGUCCAAGGCCUUUGCAGGCAAGCUGGAUGUGAUCAUGUUCUGAACUCAAAAGCCCGGAGAGAUAAAUGUGGGGUUUGUGGUGGCGAUAAUUCUUCAUGCAAAACAGUAGCAGGAACAUUCAAUACUGUACAUUAUGGUUACAAUACUGUGGUCCGAAUUCCAGCCGGUGCUACCAAUAUUGAUGUGCGACAGCACAGUUUCUCAGGGAAAUCGGAAGAUGACAACUACUUGGCUUUAUCAAGCAGUAAAGGUGAAUUCCUGCUCAACGGAGACUUCGUCGUCACCAUGUCCAAAAGGGAAAUCCGCGUUGGGAGCGCCGUGAUUGAGUACAGCGGGUCGGACAACGUGGUGGAGCGCAUCAACUCCACGGACCGCAUUGAGCAGGAGCUGCUGCUGCAGGUCCUGUCGGUGGGGAAGCUCUACAACCCCGACGUGCGCUACUCCUUCAACGUUCCCAUCGAAGACAAGCCUCAGCAGUUCUACUGGAACAAUCACGGCCCCUGGCAGGCGUGCAGCAAGCCCUGCCAAGGGGAGCGGAAACGGAAGCCUGUUUGCAGCAGGGAAUCUGACCAGCUUACCGUGUCGGAUCAGAGGUGCGAUGGGCUGCCCCAGCCAGCACCCAUCACGGAAGCCUGCGGCACAGACUGUGACUUGAGGUGGCACGUGGCCAGCAGGAGUGAAUGCAGUGCCCAGUGUGGUUUAGGUUACCGCACGUUAGACAUCUUCUGUGCCAAAUACAGCAGGCUAGAUGGCAAGACCGAGAAGGUGGAUGAUAGUUAUUGCAACAGUCACCCCAAACCAAGCAACCGGGAGAAAUGCUCAGGAGAAUGUAACACAGGCGGCUGGCGCUAUUCGGCUUGGACUGAAUGUUCUAAAAGCUGCGAUGGGGGAAGCCAAAGGAGAAGGGCUAUUUGUGUCAACACCCGCAAUGACGUCCUGGAUGACAGCAAAUGUGCCCAUCAGGAAAAAGUCACCAUUCAGAGRUGCAAUGAGUUCCCGUGUCCACAGUGGAAAUCGGGAGACUGGUCAGAGUGCUUGGUCACCUGUGGAAAAGGGCACAAGCAUCGCCAGGUCUGGUGUCAGUUUGAAGACCGAGUAAACGACAGGCUCUGUGACCCUGAGACCAAGCCAGUGUCCAUGCAAACUUGUCAGCAGCCGGAAUGUGCGUCCUGGCAGGCGGGUCCCUGGGGACAGUGCAGUGUCACCUGUGGACAGGGUUACCAGCUGCGGGCAGUGAAGUGCAUCAUUGGGACCUACGGGUCAGCGGUAGACGACAGUGACUGUAACGCAGCCACCAGACCAACGGACACCCAGGACUGUGAAUUCCCAUCCUGCCACCCCUCCCCAGUGGUCCCAGAAACAAGGAGAAGCGCACACAAUGUUCCAAGAACCCAGUGGCGAUUUGGAUCUUGGACUCCAUGCUCAGCCACCUGUGGCAAAGGGACCCGGAUGAGGUAUGUCAGCUGCCGGGACGAGGACGGCUUGGUGGCUGAGGACAGCGCAUGUGCUGCCCUGCCCAAACCGGUGGCCAAGGAGGAGUGCUCUGUGACCCCCUGUGGGAGGUGGAAAGCCCUGGACUGGAGCCCUUGCUCUGUGACGUGUGGGCAAGGUAGGGCAACCCGGCAGGUGGUAUGUGUCAACUACAGUGACCACGGGAUUGACCAGAGCGAGUGCGACCCCGACUACAUCCCAGAGACCGAACAGGACUGCGCCAUGUCCCCGUGCCCUCAGCGGACCCCGGACAAGGGCCUCCCUCAGCACCCCUUCCAGAAUGAGGACUACCGGCCCCGCAGCCCCAACCCCAGCCGCACACACGUGCUGGGGGGAAACCAGUGGAGGACGGGCCCCUGGGGAGCCUGUUCCAGUACCUGUGCYGGAGGGGCCCAGCGGCGUGUCGUGGUAUGUCAGGAUGAAAAUGGAUACACUGCAAACGACUGUGUGGAGAGAAUCAAACCCGACGAGCAGAGGGCCUGCGAAUCCGGUCCUUGUCCCCAGUGGGCUUACGGCAACUGGGGAGAGUGCACAAAGCCAUGUGGUGGAGGGAGCCGGACKCGACUGGUGGCCUGUCAGCGGUCCAACGGCGAACGCUUCCCAGAUCUGAGCUGUGAAAUCCUUGACAAGCCUCCAGAUCGUGAGCAGUGUAACACACACGCCUGUCCCCAAGACGCCGCCUGGAGUACUGGCGCUUGGAGCUCGUGCUCUGUGUCUUGUGGUCGAGGGCACAAACAGCGAAAUGUUUACUGCAUGGCAAAAGAUGGAAGCCAGUUAGAGAGUGAUUACUGUAAACACCUGGCUAAGCCACAUGGGCACAGAAGGUGCCGAGGAGGACGGUGCCCCAAAUGGAAGGCUGGCGCGUGGAGUCAGUGCUCGGCGUCCUGUGGCCGCGGCGUGCAGCAUAGGCGCGUGAGCUGUCAGAUCGGGACGCACAGACCAGCGCGCGACACCCAGUGCGACCCCUUCGCCAGACCCGCGUCGGAGCGCGCCUGCGAGAGCCCGCCUUGCCCGCGCUUCGCCUGGAGGGCCGAGCAGUGGCAGGAGUGCACCAAGACCUGCGGCGAGGGCUCGCGGUUCCGCCGGGUGCUGUGCGUGGACGCCCGCGAAGCGGAGGUGCACAGCGCGCACUGCGCCCCGGGCCAGCGGCCAGCCGAGCGCGAGAGCUGCAGCCUGCAGCCCUGCGAGUACGUGUGGAUCACGGGCGAGUGGUCAGAGUGCUCGGUGACCUGCGGGAAGGGCUACCAGCAGAGGCUGGUGUCGUGCAGCGAGGUCUACGCGGGCAAGGACAGCUACCAGUACACCUACCAGGCCAGCGCCCCCUGCCCCGGCCCGCAGCCCGCCAGCGUCCGCCCCUGCUACCCCGGGACCUGCCCCGCCUCGGCCGCCUGGAGAGUUGGCAACUGGGGGAGCUUACCCCAGAACUGCAGGGAGGUCCAACGACUCACCGGUGCCAGAGAGGACGGCGAGUACUUCCUGAUCAUCAGGGGGAAGCCCCUGAAGGUCUUCUGCUCCGGGAUGAAGUCGGACCGCCCCAAGGAGUACGUGACACUGGCCCGCGGGGACGCCGAGAACUUCUCYGAGGUCUACGGGCACAGGUUGCACAACCCCACCGAGUGUCCCUACAACGGGAGCCGCCGCGACGACUGCCCGUGCAGGAAGGAUUACACGGCGGCCGGGUUUUCCAGCUUCCAGAAGAUCCGGCUGGACCUCAGCAGCAUGCAGAUAGUCACCACUGACUUACAGUUUGCAAGGACAAGUGAAGGGCACCCCGUGCCUUUUGCCACAGCUGGGGACUGCUACAGUGCUGCCAAGUGUCCACAGGGUCGGUUUAGCAUCAACCUCCACGGGACGGGCCUGUCUCUGUCGGACUCGGCCAGGUGGACCUCGCAAGGCAACUACGCCGUCUCCGACAUCAAGAAGUCCCCGGAUGGUACCCGAGUCGUAGGGAAAUGUGGUGGUUACUGUGGAAAAUGCACUCCAUCUUCUGGUACUGGCCUGGAGGUGCAAGUUUUAUAGCUAAGGUGCUCUGAAGAGGAAGCCAUUAUGGGAUGGAUGAAGGAUAGUCAUGCAAUACCUCCACCUUAAAUCUGGGUGCCUGUGUGUGUGUGAGAGGCCUGUAUGCUCGUGUGUGUGUGAGAGAGAGUGUGUGUAUAUGUGUGUACAUAUGCAUAUAUAUAUAUAUAUAUAUAAAUAUAUAUAUGUGCAGGUUGAGCAUCCUCAGUCCAAAAAUCUGAACAUCAGAUUCCGUGUGUGCAAAUAUCACGAAAUCUGAAAUCUGCAAACACUUCCGGUCCCAAGCAUUUUGGAUCAGGGAUCUUCAACCUGUGGAAUAGCCUGAUGAUGUAAAGUUUAAUAUUUAUAUGUUUGAAAUUAUUUAUUGUGAUGUAAUAUUUUUGUACGUAAAAUGAUUUUAUUGUGACUGCCUUCACGUUAAUCACUUUUGUCCCCUGCAGUCAAGACCACUGCGUUUUACGUACUCUACGUUAUAUGUAGGACUACGACAGAGGUGACUCUUCCUUAUCACGGUACACUGCGGUUUACUUUUUAUCUGUCCGUGUUUUGCUGAUACUUUUUUUUUUUUACAUUGUGAUUUGCGUUUUGAAACAAUCCAGCCAUCCCAUCAUCAAGGUGCUACAAGAGUCGUACAAGGGCAGUUUGGGCAUUUCUGGAAAAGGUUCGUUAGCCAAUGAGUCUCAUUAGCUAACCAGUUAGUGACA